CAAAAACCGGAAGUCGAACCGGAAGUCGAGCGGCCGCCAUUACUGCGGUGGCGGCUCCCUGCUAGGCUCUAUUUGUAAUUCAGCGCUUUAGAAUAAAACGUUCCCCAAAAGUGGAGUGCUCGAAGUUCAAAAUGUCUCGGAAUUCGGGGAGGACUUGUGCCGUUCUUGGCUGUUCAAACAGUAGUGGUAAACUACAAAUUUGGAAAAAGAAUGUAUGCAAAACACACAGUCCAUUACAGAACGAAGACUGUGCUUGUGCCAGACCCUACGGAUUGCACAGAUUUCCUGGGCGUGCCGAGGACCAAGGUGUUCGCCAGAUGUGGAUAAAAAACAUCCACAGGAAGGACUUUGUCCCCAAUAAAAACAGUACGGUGUGUGGAAUACACUUCCCUGAUGGCAGACCAACGAAGGAACACCCAUACCCUUCAUUGCAUAUGGGAUAUGGUAAAGCAGCGCUGUCAUCUGGAAGACCACCCCCAAAGAGAAGACGUCAUGGGCCCGUAACAGACGACACAUCACAUGACGAACAUGAAGGAAUGGAUUCUGGAGCUGAAAUUAAUGUCACCAAUUUGUGUUUGAAAAAACCAUCUUGGAGUAUGAAGAAGAGCUGGACCGUCAGCGCAGACUGUUGGACCUCGUCCUGAAACCUGAAAUCAGACUAAACAGAAUCGACCUCCCAGGAGAAUAUGUUUGUAAGGUGGAGGAGGACGGGGUUUUCAGUGACCAGCACCUCGAUAACCUGGAGAGGAGCUGCAGCCCGGACCAGGAGGAACCAGGGAAUCCACAGAUUAUAAAACUGGAGGUCAGCGAUCAGGAGAUGAAGCAGGAGGACGUAGAGAUGGAUAGAAUCGACCUCCCAGGAGAAUAUGUUUGUAAGGUGGAGGAGGACGGGGUUUUCAGUGACCAGCACCUCGAGGAGGAACCAGGGAAUCCACAGACUAUAAAACUGGAGGUCAGCGAUCAGGAGAUGAAGCAGGAGGACGUAGAGAUGGAUAGAAUCGACCUCCCACAAGAAAAUGUUUGUAAGGUGGAGGAGGACAGGGUUUUCAGUGAACAGCACCUCGAUAACCUGGAGAGGAGCUGCAGCCCAGACCAGGAGGAAUCAGAGAAUCCACAGACUAUAAAACUGGAGGAAGACUCCAGCGUUCAGGAGAUGAAGCAGGAGGACGUAGAGGUGGAUGUCUCAUUGGUCAAUGUUGCUGAUGUGAAAGUUGAAAAUGGUGAACCAGGAACAAACUGUGACCAGCUGCUGUUGCACACUUCUCCUGAAGCUCAAAACAAAGAUGAGGAAGGAACUGAAAGUUUACACUCAGACUCCAGUAAAACUGCAGAUCUGGAGCCAAUGAGACGACACGGUGACCACGAAGACACUGCUGUCCCGUCAGACGGAAACUGUAAAUCAGAGCUGACCAGCACCCAGACAGGGAAGAUGGCACUGUCUUGCAGCUCUUGCGGGAAAGAGUUCAGAAGAAAUCUUCAUUUAGUGGAUCACAUGAGGAUCCACACUGGCGAAAGGCCGUACCUGUGCAACACCUGCGGAAAAUCGUUUAGACAAUCAUCAACACUCAAGGCGCAUGAAUUGAUCCACACGGGCGAGAAGCCCUACGUCUGCACAACAUGUGGAGAACGUUACAGGCACCGUUCCGGCCUGCUGGUUCACUCGAGGAUCCACACCGGCGAAAAGCCGUACCUGUGCAACAUCUGCGGCGAAACCUUUUCUGAGUUAUCAGUUCUUAACCAACACAUAACCAUGCACACAGGCGAGGAGCCCUUUGUCUGCACAAAAUGUGGAAAAGGUUACAGGCAACGUUCUGCCCUGCUGAUUCACUCAAGGACCCACACCGAGGAAAAGCCGUACCUGUGCAACACCUGCGGCAAAACCUUUGCUAAAUUAUCAGACCUUAAAUGUCACAUAACCACGCACACGGGUGAGAAGCCCUACGUUUGCAAAACAUGUGGGAAAAGAUACAGGCACCGUUCCAACCUGGCGUGUCAUACGAGGACCCACACUGGCGAAAGGCCGUACCUGUGCAACACCUGCGGCAAAACCUUUCGUAAAUCAUCAGUUCUUAAACGCCACAUGACCACGCACACGGUCGAGAAUUUUUCUUGCAAGAUGUGCAACAAAAGUUUUACUCGCAGAUAUAGUUUGAGGAAUCACAUGAAAAAUCACCCGGAGGAGAAGUCUGGUGACUCAUGACAAAUAAAGCUCAUGUUGUCCUCCGGGGGCAGCUGUCCACUCCUGUCUGACCCACAGAAGAAGAGACGAAGAAGUCCAACCACCACCUGCUGUGGCUGAUGAGCCUAAUCCCCUCCCCACAAGGGUUGCAGGUUCAACCCAGAUUUAUGCUUCUCCAUCAACUUGACGCAAAGAGAACGAUAUGGUUGUGUACUUUUUUUAAGUUCUGCAUUGAGGUUGUUUGAUUCCCUGCUCCUUUUUAUAAUCGUAUUAUUUGUUGCUGUUGGUAACUUGCCGUCUCCACGAUGCAAAUAAAGAGCUGUUAAUAUGUGCUGAAGUUUCUUUAAAGCAGCACAACGGAACUUUCAGCUUUUCUGAGUUUGGCGACUCCUUUGGCCAAAAAUCGGUAGUGCUUUACCAGAAAGAACACUCCAUUUCCCAUGAGCACCAGCGCGUACUGCCGGAAAACCCCCGUCCCCGUCGCGUGCAUUUGUUUUGAUGAGAGAAGACGGGCUGGACUUUCAAAACUACUUUUCUGUUUUCAGCGGUCGUUUGCAGGAUGGAUAGUGAAGAGGUAAUGCAUCUAUUUUUGGUUAAACAAUAUAAUAUGACGAUGUUGAAAAUCACUAAGUUCAACUUGGUUUUAUUAAGUUGUUUCAGCGCUCUGCACCUCACCCCCGCCCCCCUGUGCUGUUUCAGCCAGAUAAUGCGCCCCAAAUUACAAACGCUUUGUUUUUGUUCUACUGCACAUUUUUCCUGUCACGUUUUUUAGAGGGACUUCGUCAUAAAUUAGUAGUCCAACAUACUUACUGACAAAAUAAAAAAAAUACUUUAUAACCUGUGAAUAACUGAAUGCAGAUGCUGAAUGCAGAUCAGCCCUGCACAAUUUUACAGUUCUCAGGAUAAAUAGUAGAAAUGUUCUAUACAUUUUCUUUGCAUUGCAUUCUUUUCUCUAGUGCUGUAAUUCUAUUCAAUUGUAUUAUUAUUUUAUAAAGCUCCCUCAUUGCCAAUUACACAAUUUUAUGAUCACUUAUUAUUCUGUGUCUGGUGUUGAUAUUGUCAGUAAUUUUAGAAUUACCAAAACCCAAGACGAAUGUGAAAACAUUCUAAUUUUGAUUCUUAUUGAACAUAGAACUCUACAUUUACAUUUGUAUCAUAACAAUUCUGUCUCGUUUUAUCAGGAAUCUGCUUACCGACACGCAGCAUAUCGCCAGUUUGUGCUCUGGCAGCAUGGGCGCCUGGGUGUGGGCAACAGAGUGGUAAUACCAAGCUGCUGUGUUUGGAAAAUCAGAGACAGCUUUCCAAACCCAAUGGGACAGUACACUGGUUUCAGGGUUCGCCGUCUUCUAUAGGAUGGAACCUUUAUGAGGAUUACUGAAAAUAUUUUGAUAUUGUUUUUUUUUUUUUUAAUUUCCAUUUUUUCCUGUGUUU